UUGACGAAACCCUACUAUAGAAUCUCUAGGGUUUCUAGCAUUCUCUCAUUCUCUAAUACAGCAGCAGCAUACAUCAGAAAGACUCCUCUCCCCGGAAGGUACGCCGGCGGCUCAUCUUUCUCUUUAUUUGACACUCAAAAUCAAGCAAAAUAUAUUGUUUAACUAUUAGAUUUUACAGAAUGGAAUCUGUAACCAAGCAUGCAGUUGUGAUUAAAAUCAUGGGUCGUACCGGAUCCAGGGGGCAGGUGACUCAGGUGAGAGUCAAGUUUCUGGACGACCAGAACAGGUUUAUUAUGAGAAAUGUCAAGGGACCAGUCAGAGAGGGUGAUAUUCUCACACUGUUGGAGUCUGAGAGGGAGGCCAGGAGAUUGCGCUGAGCACAUAAUUAUGAGUGCCAUAUUGAAAUUCCCUUGAAUACUUGAUAUUGGCUGGGAUUUAUUCCCUAUUUAAUAGUCUUUGGUUUUGUUUGCUUAGACUCUUUUUAAGUUUGGACAUGUCGAUUUUGGUGCACUUUAAGUCUCUGGAGUAGUGUUAUGAUAAUAUUUUUCUAGCUUUGCGUCAAUGGCAACAAGUAAUGGUUCUUAUUUGUUUUGUGUAUACUGGAUGGACAUACAUCUAUCAUGUUUAAUCUUUUUCCAAUGUUCCUUAUGUGUGAUUUUGAUUA